CGGUCGUCGGCCUUUCCCGCGUGGGGGUGCCGCUGCGUGGGGGGCUGGGGCGGCGGUGGCGGAGGGUGCGGGAGGGACCCCCGAGGCUUCCUCCUGAGGGCUUGGCGGACGGCGGCGACUGCCUCUUCGGAAGCCUCCAAAGCAGUCGUUGGGAUUUUGUUUCAUUUUCCCCCGAAGAAGGAGGAAUCUGCGUCCGUGGCGUGUGCCCGUGCGUGCCCGGCUGCUGCGGAUCUCGCGGUCCCGGCACCUGAGAAUGGGAAAUGCAGCUGCAAACUCAAGGUUCAGCACUUGAGCAGAAUUUGUUGAAAGAGUAUUCCUCUGAUGGGUUAGAAAUGGACUUGGUAACCUUUGAUGAUGUGGCUGUGGACUUCACCCAUGAGGAGUGGACUUUAUUAGAUUCAACUCAGAGAAACCUCUAUAGAGAUGUGAUGGUGGAGAACUACAAAAACCUGGCCAUAGUUGGAUAUCAGCUGUUCAAACCCAGCCUUAUUUCUUGGUUGGAAGAGGAAGUGGAACAAUGUGUUCAUCAAGAGUGGGUAAUGGACCUUAAUACCAAAGGGACAGCUCUUCAGGAUAUUUUUUGGUCAGAUACUUCAAAUGAGAUACAACUGGCAAGAAGUCGCAACGGAGGGGAACUCCAUGAAUAUAACCAGUGUAGCAAAGCCUCCAGUGAUGACUUUGAGCUACACACAGAUACUCAAAAUACAGAGAAUACUUCUGAAUCUAAUCAGUAUGGAAAAGACUUUCUUCUGCCCAGGACAGUCUCCAUAGGAGACACACUUUCGGAAUUAAUUCAAUGUGAAAAAUCCUUCAGCCUGACUGCAGAUGUCCAACAGAGAGAAUGCCCGCAAGACAGAGUCUUUCGGAACAGUGGCUACAGCCAAACCAAUGUCAGUCAGUCAUACCUUCAGACUCUCGGAAGAAACCACAGUGAAGGAAAACUCUCCAAUUGGGAACGAUAUGGGAAAACUUCUACUCAGCCCAUAAGCCACGUUGUACACAUUCAAACACACAUUGUAAGAAAACCCUACAAAAAUAAGGAAUGUGGAAAAUUAUUCACAUAUCCUUUGUAUAGUAAUAAUAUGCAAAAUCAUACUAGAGAGAAAUCCUGUGAUUGGAAGGAAGAUGGGAAAGCUUUCACUGUGCCCUCAGGUCAAACUGUGCAUAUUCAAAAUCAAGCUGGGGAGAAGUCGUAUGAAUGCAAGGAAUGUGGGAAAGCCUUUGGGAAGUCCUCAGGCCUCGCUGAACAUAUGAGAAGUCACACAGGUGAGAAGCCCUUUCAGUGUGAUGAGUGUGGGAAGGCCUUUGCCUCUUCCUCCUAUCUCACUGCACAUUUGAGAACUCACACUGGAGAGAAGCCCUUUGAGUGUAAGAUGUGUGGGAAAGGAUUCACGCGUUCCUCCUACCUUCGCAUUCACACGCGAACUCACACCGGAGAAAAACCCUAUCAGUGUAAAGAGUGUGGGAAAGCGUUCACCGUGCGCUCCGGCCUUAAUAUACACUUACGAACACACACUGGAGAGAAGCCCUAUGAAUGUAAGGAAUGUGGAAAGGCCUUCACGAGUUUUCGUCAACUCGCUGAACAUAUGAAAACUCACACUGGUGAGAAGCCUUUUGUAUGUGAUGUAUGCACAAAAUCCUUUAGGAAUUCCUCAUGCCUUAAGAAACAUUUUCGAAUUCAUACUGGAGUUAAGCCCUAUCAAUGUAAGGAGUGUGGGAAAGCCUUCGCUGGACGAACGGGCUUUACUACACAUGUGCUCACUCACACUGGGGAGAGACCCUACGAGUGUAAGGAGUGUGGGAAAGCCUUCACUACAUCCUCGGGCCUUAUUGAACACAUGAGAAGUCACCUGAGAGAGAAGCCCUUUGAAUGUGAGCAGUGUGGGAAAGCGUUUGCUUCUUCUUCAUAUCUCAUUGCACAUUUGCGAACCCACACUGGAGAGAAGCCCUUUGAGUGUGCGGUGUGUGGGAAAGCCUUCACACGUUCCUCCUACCUUCACAGGCAUGUGCGAAUUCACACUGGAGAAAAACCCUAUGAAUGCAAGGACUGUGGGAAAGCGUUCACGGAGCGAUCAUGCCUUAAUGCACACUCACGAACACACACUGGAGAGAGGCCCUACAAAUGUAAGGAAUGUGGGAAAGCCUUCACUACCUUUCCUCAACUAACUGAACAUAUAAAAACUCACACUGGUGAGAAGCCUUUUGAAUGUCAAGAGUGUGGGAAAGCCUUCGCCGGGCGAACGGGCUUUACUACACAUGUGCUCACUCACACUGGGGAGAGACCCUACGAGUGUAAGGAGUGUGGGAAGGCCUUCACUACGUCCUCACACCUUAUUGAGCAUGAAAGAAGUCACACAGGAGAGAAGCCCUUUGAAUGUGACCAGUGUGGGAAGGCCUUUGUGGCUUCCUCAUCUCUUAAUGUCCACUUGAGAACUCACACUGGGGAAAAGCCCUUUGAGUGUAAGAUGUGUGGGAAAGCAUUUCGGUAUUCCUCCAGUCUUUGCAGUCACAUGCGAACUCACACUGGAGAGAAGCCCUAUGCGUGUAAAGAGUGUGGGAAGGCUUUCACUGAGCGCUCACGCCUUACUAAACACUUACGAACACACUCAGGAAAAAAAUCCUACGAAUGUAAGGAAUGUGGAAAAAGUUUCAGAUAUUCUGCCAACCUUAAUAUUCAUAUGCGAACCCAUACUGGCGAGAAACCUUAUCAGUGUAAGGAAUGUGGGAAAGCCUUCUCUAGGUUUUAUCCAUUAACUCAACAUUUAAAAACUCACACUGGAGAGAAGCCGUUUGAAUGUAAGGUAUGUGGAAAAUGCUUUAGAAAUUCCUCCUGCCUCAAUGAUCACUUUCGAGUUCACACUGGACUAAAACCAUAUAAAUGUAAGGACUGUGGCAAAGCUUUCACUGGGCGCUCUGGCCUUAGUAAACACUUACCAACUCAUACUGGAGAGAAGCCUUAUGAAUGUAAGGAAUGUGGGAAAGCCUUCACUACGUCCUCAGGCCUUAUCAAGCAUACACAAACUCACACAGGCGAGAGACCCUUUGAAUGUUACCAGUGUGGGAAAGCUUUUGCUUCUUCGUCAUCUCUCAUUACACAUUUGAGAAUUCACACUGGAGAGAAGCCCUUUGAGUGUAAAAUAUGCGGGAAAGCGUUUUCAUGUUCUUCUUAUCUUCGUAUACACAUGCGAACUCACACUGGAGAGAGACCCUAUGUGUGUAAGGAAUGUGGGAGAGCCUUCACGGAGCGCACAUGCCUUACCAAGCAUUUGCGAACACACACUGGGGAGAACCCCUUUGAAUGUAGCAUAUGUGGGAAAGCAUUUGCAUGUUCUUCCUACCUUCAGAAUCACAUGCGAACUCACACCGGAGAGAAACCUUAUAUAUGUAAGGAAUGUGGGAAAGCCUUCACUGUUUCCUCACAUCUCAGUAAACAUACAAGAAUUCAUACUGGAGAGAAACCUCACAAGUGUAAGGAAUGUGGGAAGGCCUUCACUGUGCGCUCAGGCCUUACUAAACAUAUGCGAACUCACACUGGGGAGAAGCCCUAUGAUUGCAAGGAGUGUGGGAAAGCCUUCACUACGUCCUCAGGCCUUAUUGAACAUAUAAGAAUUCACACAGGAGAGAAACCCUUCGAAUGUUACCAGUGUGGGAAAGCCUUUGCUUCUUCCUCCUAUCUCAUCGCACAUUUGAGAAUUCACACGGGAGAGAAGCCCUUCGAGUGUAAUAUGUGUGGGAAAGCGUUCACAUGUUCCUCCUACCUUCAGAAUCACAUGCGAACUCAUACUGGAGAGAAACCGUAUGUUUGUAAGGAAUGUGGGAGAGCCUUCACUGUUUACUCACACCUAAGUAAACAUGUAAGAAUUCACAGUGGAGAGAAAUCCCAGAAAUGUAAGGAAUGUGGGGAAACUUUCAGUAGUUCUUCUCAUCUUACGGAACAUACACAAACACACUGGAGGGAAAACCUUUGGAGGUAAGGAAUGAAGAAACUUUUAGGAAGUCCUCAGACCUUAGCACAUUCAAGUUUGCACUGAUAAGAGAUGUCCCUCUUCAAAGACCUGAACGAACGAACUCUGACAAUGUCGCGUGAAUUUUAGGAAUAUGGGAGAGCUGUUGGAAUCUGCUCACAUCCAGUGUAAGGGAUGCAUCCUGAAGCCAUACAGUGUCUAAAACAUGGAAAGCCUUCACAGUCCUUGGGUUCUUACUAAACAUGUGAGAUCUUGUAACGGAGAGAAACCCUAAUUAUGUAAGAUGAGGAAAAGUUGUAGUCCUAAAUAUUUUCAUGUUCACUUUGGGAUCUCAUGGUAGAGAAAGAUUUCAUGAAAGUAAGAAAUGUUGGAAUAUCACCAUAAAAUUACAUUGUCCCUCAGCCUUUAAUAAACAUAAGGCUAUUCGUAUUUAUUGAGAAACUGCAUGUAUGGGAUGUGAAAAUUGCUUCCCUCUUUUCUAAAAUGUAUGGCUUUUUUGGUUUUAUGGAUUUUUUUGAACAUUUGAAGUUUGAAUAUUUGAAGAAUAUUUAAAUAUUUGUGUAUUUUUAAACUUCUCAGUCCUAUCUGAUUACUACUACAGUCUUAAUUUUUCUUUCAUCUUUAUUGAGGUAUGAUUGACAACUAAAUUUAUAUUUAAGGUGUACAUCCUGGUGGUGAUACAUGUAUGCAUUGUGAAAUGAUUACUCUAGUGAAGCAGAUUAAAAUACUUCUUACCUGACAUAAUGACCUUUUAUUUUUGGUGUUUUGGAAAAUUUUCUUAUGUCUUAGAAGAUUUUAACUAUAUAGUAUUUUAUUAAAGUCAUCAUGCUGUAUAGGUCUCAACUUACUCAUCUUUCACUGAAAGUUUCAUCAGUAUCUCUGUUUUCCCCAUCCCACAAUCCCUGGAAACCACUAUUCUGUUCUGUGCUUCUAUGAAUUUGAGAUUUUUAGAUACCACAUAUUAAGUGUGGCCAUACACUAUUUGUUUUUUUUUUUUUGUCUGGCUUCACAUAGCAUAAUACAUCCAGGAUCAACCCUGUUGUGACAAAUGGCAGAAAUUUCUUCUAUAUUUAAGGCUUAAUAUUUUAUUAUACACACACACGCGCGCACACGCGCACACACACACACACACCAUGUUUUCUUUAUUCUGUCAAGAGACACUUAGGUUCUACUGUUAACUGAAUGGUAUUAGUAUUGCUCCUUUGGAUAUAAGGGCACAUAUAUCUAGUCAUUUUAUUCCUUGGAUAUAUACACAGAAUUGUGUCUGCUGGGUCACAUGGUUCUAUUCUUUGAAGGAUUUAUUUAUUUAAUGUAUUUAUUUUAUUUGAGAGGUAGAGUUAUAGACAGAGAAGGAGAGACAGAGAAAAAGGUCUUCGAUGUACUGGUUCACCCCUCAAAUGGCUGCAAUGGCCAGAGUUGGGCCAAUCUGAAGCCAGGAGAUUCUUCCAGGUCUCCCACGUGGGCGCAGGUGUCCAAGUACUUGGACCAUUUUCUGCUGCUUUCCCAGGCCAUAGUAGAGAGCUGGAUCAGAAAAGGAGCAGCCAGGACUGGAACCGGCACCCAUAAGGGAUGCUGGCACUGCAGGUAGCAGUUUCAACCAUUAUGCCAUGGCACCAACCCCCGUUGUUUAUUUUUAAUUUAUUAGGAUCCUUUAUACUCAUUUCCUGAUGACUCUGCCCAUCUUCAUUCCCGCCAGCAGUGUGCAAGCUAACACUUGAUUAUCUUUUGAUGUUUUUGAUAAGAGCCAUGCAAAUGUGAUGUGAUCAUUUUGAUUUUCAUUUCCUUGAUGACAGUGAUUUUGAGCAUCUACAAAUACCUGCUGACCAUUUGUAUAUCUUCUUUGGAAAAAUAUAUAUCCAGGUGUUUUUCCCCUUUUAAAAUUAUUAUUUUUGCUAUUGGGCUAUAUGAAUUCUUUAUAUGUUGGGUGUUUAUCCAUAAUUGGGUAUGUAGUUAAAAAUAUUUUCUUCUUUUCCAUACAUUCCUUUUCCAAUUUAUUGUUUCCUUCACUAUCAAAAAAAGUUUUUAGUUUGAUAUAGUCCUGUUUGUUCUUGCUUACAUUGAAUUCUUUCAGUGUCAACUCCAAAAAUAAUGUUAUCAAGACCAUUGUCAACAUACUUUUUCACUGUUUUCUUUUAGGAUUUUUAUGGUUUUAAAGCCUUAGGUUUUCAUCUUUAACCCAUUUUGAAUUGAGCUUUGUGUAUGGUGUGAGGUAGCGAUCCAAUUGCAUUGUUUGAAUGUAUCUGUCUAGUUUUUUCAAUAUAAUUUAUUGAAGAGUAUCUUUUACACAUUGUGUAUUCUUGGCACAUCUGUCAAAAUUUUGUUAACAAAUAUGCAUGGUUUUACAUGUGGGCUUUCUGAUGUGUUCCAUUGGUGUGUCUAUCUGGUUUUGUGCCAGUAUAAUAUUUAUUUGAUUGAAAUCAGGAUGUGUAACACUUACAAUUGUGUUUUGCUCAGAAUUGUUUUGCCUUUUCUGAGUCUUUUGUGGUUCCAUAUGCAUUUUAGAAGUUUCAUAAAUAAUGUAACAAAUGCCAUUGAUAUCUUGAAAGGGAUGGCAGUAAGUAGGUUGCUUUGGGUGGUAUGGGCAUUUUCUCAAUAUUAUUUCAUCAAUCAAAUAGGAUAGCAUCCCUUGUAAUAGUUUCUUAUUUAAUUUCUUUUUCUGACUUUACCUUCAGUUUAUCAAUCUUUCAUUUCCCCGGUUAAAUUUAUUCCUAACUAUUAUAUCAUUUUUAUUCUAUUAUAAAUGGAAUGGUUCCCUAAUUUUUCACUGCUAGUGUAUAGAAACACUACUGAUUUUUGUAUGUUGACUUGGGCAGUUCCCUGGAUUCAUCUGUUCCUGUUUUUAAAUGGAUCAUUACAGUUUCUAUAUUCAAGACCAUGUCAUCUGCAGAAAAAAAAAAAAAAAAUAAAUAAAAGAUCCACUUUAUUUCUUUCUCUUUUGGAUGCCUUUUAUUUCUUCUUGCUUAGUUGCUUUGGGUAGGACUUGCAUGGUGAAUAGAAGUGACAAGGAUUGGUAUUCUUGUCUUGCUCUUGUUAAAGAAAAAACUAUAGGUUAUCCUUGUUCAUUAUGCUGUUGGCUGUGGUCUUGUCAUAUAUGGCCAUUAUUGUGUUAUAAUACAUUCGUUCUAUGCAUAAUAUGUUGGGAGCUGGUAUCAUGAAAGGAUGUUGAAUUUUGUUGAAUGCUUCUUCUGCAUUUUUUACCAAUGUAAUUUUCUCUUCAUUUUGUUAAUGUGUGUGAUAUUUAUUGAUUUGCUUAUGUUGAACCAUCUUUGCAUCCCAGAUAUAGAUCCCACUUGUGUGUGAUACUUUUAAUUAAUUUAAAUGUGAAUGGGCUAAAUUUGCCCAUCAACAUAGAAUGGCUGAUUGCCUUUAGAAGAAAUGACACAUUUGUAUGCAGCCUAUGAGAGAUUUCAUCUUUAGGGAUGUAAGUAGACUGAAAAGAAGGGAUGGAAAAGAUGUUUCUUAUAAAUGAAAACCAAAGAGAAUAGGAAUACCUAUAUAUGUUUCAGACAAAGGACAUGUUUAAGUCAAGAACUAUACUAAGAGAAAAGGAUAUCAUGAUGAAAAAAAUGGUAGCUUCAUCAAGAAGAAAUAAUUGCUGGACAUAUGUAUGCACCUAGUUGUGGGGAGCAAUCCGGACUAGACUAGGUUACUCGAAUUAGGACUUAUUCUAUGCAUCUGCUCUCCCACAAUAUGGCGCUGGGAGAGAAGUAAACAGCUUCCGCACAGCUGCCUCCAGUUCAACCAAUUAACUGUAGGACUUGCUCCUGAUUGGAGAGCAGCGUACUCAGCCGAGUUGGGAUUGGCGGAGGAGGACUAUAAAGGAGGAGAGAGACGGCAUGCACCAGGAACAUCUAUGGGGAACAUCUAAGGGAACCCGUGCAGCCCCCGAGAGAACCGGCCGGCGGUGUGCCGCUCCCCUGCGGAAGUGGGGAAUGCGGCCAGGGGGAACUGCCCUUCCACGGAGGUGGAAGGGAUAGUAGCCAACCCGGGAAGAACCAGCAGCAAACCCGGGGAGGGCCGAGCAGACAAAAGAACAGCGCAGGGUUUAGUGUCGCUCCUCCACGAAGAGGGGGAGUGACACCUAGUAGCAAAGCACCUGAGUAUAGAAGGCAAAAAUCAACAGCUCUGAAUCAAGAAAUAGAUAGCUAUAUAACAAUAGUAUGGGUCUUCAAUAUCCCACUUUCAACAGUGGAUAGAUCAUGUAGGCUGAAAAUAAAACACUGGACCUGAAUAACAGCUUAUACCAAAUGGACCUUACAGAUCUAUACAGAACAUUCCAUUUAAAAGCAACAGAAUAUACAUUCUAUUCUAUAGCACAGAGAACACUCCAGGAUAGAUGAUAUGUAAGACAUUAUACAAGUUUCACUUUUUCUCACUUGUCCUUUAUCUGGACCAGGAUUCAGUUCAUAAUCUCAAGUCCCAUUAACUUUGAUAUUGUGAACAUCCACACUACCAAUAAUUAAUGAUUGAAAAUCAAUAUAUAUGUAAUUACUGAUGCUUGUAUUUAAUUCAGUGGUCUAAUUUUAAUGCUUUCCAUUUUUGUCAUUUUUAAAUGGGUCAUGUUUUUCCUCAUUAAAUUCUUAAAGUCUGGGACUUACGUACUUCAUUACUUUAAGACUUUUCUGCUUUAAAAGUCUUAAUACCUUUGCUUUAUCAUAAAAUGUACAUUUUGAACACAGUCAUUUCUGUGACCAAGAUCCUGGCAGACAUUAGCUGAGGGACUUACAGACUGGUGUGAAAUCACACAAGUUUAAACUACAGGCCCAUAGACCGGUAGACACAGCCUCUAGCAACCACCUGGUAAACAGGUACAACAAUGAUGAAUAGGACUGAUUCCUGGACCCAGACGUUGAAAAUGGUCCAGGGACACAUUGUGACAGAUAAAAAAUCAUUCCACAUUCUUUGCAGCUCUUCUCAUUGAGGUGUAGCCCAUAUCUCUCCCUUUAUUUCUUGAUCAGUCUUUUGACUGGGAGGUGUGUUCAGCCUGGUGGCUAAGAUGCUGAUUAAGAUGUCCUGGAAGGCAGUGGUGGUGUCUUGAAUAAGUUAUUGGGUUUCUACCACUCAUGAGGGGGACCUGGAUUCACCCUGAGCUAUUGUGGGCAUCUGAGGCGUGUGCCAGUGGUAGGGAACUCUCAGUCACUUUGCCUAAUAAAUGAAAGUUACACAUAAACAUAUGUGUUUUGGAAAACCAUUUGACAUUGCUACUGAGUUUGAACAUAGGUAUUCCUUGUUCUACAAAAUAUGUAGACAUCAAGAUAAAAGUCCUAGAUUGCCCUGAGCUGAUUUGAAAUACCAUUUGGGGAAAAAGCCUGAAUUUCCCUGAGCUGAAAAGAUAAAUGCCCUUCUAUAAAGAAAAAUGAUAGUUUGCUAGUUGUAGUAGCUUCCAUUCUUGGCACAAAGUAAAUUAACACAUAUAUAUAUUACCUCACAGUUUCCAUGGGCUGGAGUUGUAAGUAUGGUUUAGCUUGAGUUAUGCUCGGGAUCUCCUAAGAUGGAAGUCUGUGUUGUCCACUAUUCAUGCUAAUCUGGAGGCUACAAUGUUUUAGGGUACGCUUGCAAUCUCCAUCAGAUAGGUGGACGAGCUUAUUUCCUGUGGCUGUGGAACACUUGGAAGUUUCUUUUGUUCCAGAGAGCAAAAAGAUAGUAUAUGCUGCUGUUAGCCUUUGACCCUCUCUGAAGAGACUUGUGUAAUUUGUUCAGGUGAAUCUGUUUACAGAGCUCUCCAGACUAUAAAUAAACCCAGUGAUUUUUCUGGAGAUUGCCUUGCUUAAAUAACAUACAGUCUGAAUGGGGACUGGAAUUUGCUCUGCCUGCUUUCUUGCCCAUAAUGUAACAACUACAAGACUCUCAUCCUUUGACCUUUGAAAUACUUUUUUGGCUAGAAGGAAGUUGUUUGUCUUGCCAACAUUGAAAGGGAAGAGAGUCUUGUGCUGCAGCUCAAUAGGCUAAUCCUCCGCCUGCGGCGCCAGCACACCGGGUUCUAAUCCCGGUCGGGGCACCAGAUUCUGUCCCGGUUGAUCCUCUUCCAGGCCAGCUCUCUGCUGUGGCCCGGGAGUGCAGUGGAGAAUGGCCCAGGUCCUUGGGCACUGCACCCGCAUGGGAGACCAGGAGAAGCACCUGGCUCCUGGCAUCGGAUCAGCGUGAUGGGCUGGCUGCAACGCGCCAGCCGCAGCGGCCAUUGGGAGGUGAACCACCGGUAAAAAUGGAAGGGAUUAUGCAAAGACAUAGCAGAGGGCAGGAUUUAAAGGACCAUUUCAGGAUUCUGCCUAGUAAACGGGUACACUCAGUAGCAUGAGUGAGGGAACCGGAAAGAAAUCAUAUGUGAAAGAAUGGAUACUAUAUUGCCGGCCAACUAUAUUGUCUUAAAAAUGGACAUGCACACAUAGCAAAAUUGGUUCCAGUUAUGGGGAAGAUGGAAUGAGCAUAAUUAUAUUAUGCCAAAUACAGGUGUAAAAUAUGGAAAUGAUGCAUGGUGCAGCCAUUUGAGGAAUCUGUAAAGGAAAUGCUAGCAAUUGGAUGAUAAAACAUCAGAUUUCAAAUUACUGGCAAUCAAAUCCUAACUUUACCAGUUUUCUCUCCUCUGGUGUUGUCCAGUCUAUGCUCAACACAGUUAAAACUCCCAAGGAAAAUGUAAGCACAUGCUUAGCUCAAGAAGCAGCUUUAUGGUUCUGGCACAAUGAGACUGGGGUUUCCCAGUGCUCAGUGAACUAGAGAUAAAUGCCAGUUGUUCCCACCAUUCCUUUGCUCCCAGUCUCCAAGUCAUCCUUUGAUGGCAGUGAAACCGCACAAACCUUGAGAACGAAGUAAGACAUAGAUAAAUCUUCUACAUGGUCAAAUGGAAUGGACGCUAAAAGUACUACAGUGUUGAGUUCAUUUUUGAAUAAACUCACAUUGAAACAACUUAUAGUACUGAUUAAAACUUGCAAGCUGAGCCCAGUUAGGUAACUGCCUGGUUAUAAAAUAUCUUUAUUCUCUGAAGGAUUGAAGAACCAGAGAACCAUAGCAUAUUACUUAAAAUAUCUAGUAUAUAAUCCCAAAUUUUCCAGCGUAGUAUCAGAGUCUCAGGGGCCUGUAUGACAAUGCCAAAAUGCUAGCAUUCACGACAUUAGUAUCCUUUAAGAAGAGAAAGUGAUGCAGCAAAAAAUUUUGAAACAUGAGAAACUUCUCAAAUGUAAUGAAAGAUAAAUCUUCAAAAAGUUCAGUGUCCUAAAAUAUAACUCCAAAGAAAGACAUAAACUGCUGAAAGCUGAAGACAGUCUUGAAAGGAGACUGAGAAUAAUAACACAUUACUUAAAUAAUUCAAUUCACAAAAAUCACAAAAGCCAAAGCAAAUUCAAUAAGAGCUGAGAGAAAAGGAAUAGUCGAUGCUUUUUGGCUUGCUAAAUGAAAUAUAUUCCAAAACUUUAUUUCUACCUUACACUAAGAGUUCAACAAAUAGUAUGACCAAAACAAAACAAAAAAACCACUGUUCCUCAACAGUAGAGACAAGGGCUGUAAACAGUCAUCAAAUCUCAAAAUGUCCAUUUCACCCAAUACAUUACAUUUUAGGUACUCUAUUAGUUACCCCAGAUCAGGGAAAGCAUGAUAUCUGUCUUUUUGGGACUGGCUUAUUUCUCUAAGUAUGAUGGUUUCCAGUUGCAUCCAUUUAGUUGCAAAAGGAAGGAUAUCAUUUUAAAAAAAGAUUUAUUUAUUAAUUUGAAAGAGUUACAGAGAGGUAGAGGCAGAGACAGAGAGAGAGGUCUCCCAUCUGCUGGUUCACUCCUUAGAUAGCUGCAAUGGUUGGAGCUGUGCCGAUCUGAAGCCAGGAGUCAAGAGCUUCUUCUGGUUUUCCCACCUGGCCCAAGGACUUGGGCCAUCCUCUACUGCUUUCACAGGCCGUAGUAGAGAGCUGGAUCAGAAGUGGAGCAGCCAGGACUUGAACCAGCACCCAUAGGAUGCCAGCACUGCAGGUGGCUUUACCUGCUGAACCACAAUGCUGGCCCCAUCAUUUAACAGCUGAGUACUACUACAUAGUGUAUAUAUACAUUAUAAUUUCCUAUCCAGUCAUGAAAUUACUGGACAUCUGGGUUGAUUUCAUAUCUUAACUACUAUGAACUGAGCUGCUAUAAACAUGGAAGUACAGGUAAUUCUUUCAUAUGCUGAUUUCAUUUGGGUAAAUUCCCAGGAGCAUGUUUUCUGUGUCAUAUGGUAGGCCUAUAUUCAGAUUUCUUUUUUUUUAUUUUUUUAUUUUUUUUGACAGGCAGAGUGGACAGUGAGAGAGAGAGACACAGAGAAAGGUCUUCCUUUUGCCGUUGGUUCACCCUCCAGUGGCUGCCGUGGCCGGUGUGCUGUGGCCGGUGCACCGCGCUGAUCCAAAGCCACGAGCCAGGUGCUUUUCCUGGUCUCCCAUGCGGGUUCAGGGCCCAAGGACUUGGGCCAUCCUCCACUGCACUCCUGGGCCAUAGCAGAGAGCUGGCCUGGAAGAGGGGCAACCAGGACAGAAUCCGGCACCCUGACCGGGACUAGAACCUGGUGUGCUGGCGCCGCAAGGCGGAGGAUUAGCCUAUUGAGCCGCGGCGCCGGCCCUAUAUUCAGAUUUCUAAGAUAUCUCCAUACUGUCUUCCACAGUGGCUGCAACAGGUUACAGUCCCACCAAUAGUGGAUUAGGGUACCCUUUUCUCCACAACGUUGCCAGUAUUUGUUGUUUGUUGAUUUCUGUGAAAGGCAGUCAGACUAGGGUGAAGCAAAACCACGCUGGUUUUGAUUUGCAUUUCCCUGAUGGCUAGUGAUCCUGAGCAUUUUUUUCAAGUGUCUGUUGGCCAAUUUAAUUGAAAAAAAAUGUCUGCAAGAUCCUUUGCCCAUGUCUUAACUGGAUUGUUUGUUUUGUUGGUGUUGAACUUCUUGAGCUCUUUACAGAUUCUGGAUGUUAACCCUUUAUCAGUUGCAUAGUUUGCAAAUAUUUUCUUCGAUUUUGUCAGUUGCCUCUUCACUUUGCUGAGUGUUUCUUUUGCAGUCCAGAAGCUUCUCAGCUUGAUGUAAUCCCAUUUGUCAAUUUUCGCUUUCAUUGCCUGUGCUUCUGGGGUCUUUCCAAGAAGACUUUGCCUAUACCAAUGUCUUGCAGAGUUUUCUCAAUGUUCUCUAAUAAUUUGAUGGCAUCCGGUUGUAGAUUUAGGUCUUUGAUCCAUUGUGAGUGGAUUUUUGUGUAAGGUGUAAAGCAGGGAUCUUGUUUCAUACUUCUGCACACAGUGUUCUUAUUUCUUAGCCAUCAUUGCUUGUAUGCAGUAGCUCAAGCUCCAAACGAUGUCAGUUGCAUAGACGAGGAGUGUGUGUGUGUGUGUGUGUGUGUGUGUGCAUACAUCCAUAUAUAAUGACUCAAAAUUAAUUUUGAAUGUGUUUCAUGUGGUUUGGGGGCUAAGUGUAGGCUUGGAUGCAUGUGCCUGCUUGUGAUCUUUUGGGGGUUCCUAUUGUCAUGAAGGAAGAAUAACAGGAUAGUAGAGGAAUUGUUGAUAUUUUUUGACAAGUGAGGAGUUGGCCUUUGAUCCAGCUUCCACCAGGGGGUUGUGAAAGUGAAGAACUCAGCAUUUCAGAGAGGGUCAUUGGAUAUUUGAGAAACCUUUUAACCAUACUGGUCAUAGAGCAAAGUGGUUGGGGUAUGAGAUCUAGGUUCAGAUGGCCAGAGUGCACAUCAGCUCUGCCUCUUGCUGGCUGUGUAAAUUGGACAAGUUACAUGGAUUCUCUUACCUCAGUCUCCUCUUUAGUGAACUGAGAAUGAUUUUCAUUAAGUAAUUUAGUGUUGCAAGAAUUAAAUAAGCGCAUCACUUAAAUACAAGAAAACUAAAACUGUUUAAUGGUAUUUAGUAAGAUUACUAAAUGUGGGGCUGACAUAGUACAGUGGAUUAAGCUGCUGCUUGCAACACCAGCAUCCCACAUUGGAGUGCUAGUUGAAGUCCUGGCUAAAUUGCUUCUGAUCCAGCUUCCUGCUAAUGCAAUUGAAAAGGUGGUAGAUAGAUGAUGGCUCAGAAGUGUCUGGGCCCCUGCCACCCAUGUGAGAGACCUGGAUGGGGUUCCUGGCUCCUGGCUUCAGCCUGGCUCAGUCCUGGAUGCCAUAGCCAUUCGGGAAGCAAACCAGCAGAUGGAAACUUCCUUUGUCUUUCCCUCUCUCUUGAUCAGCCUUUCUUUUCCCCUUCCUCUUUUUCUUUUUUUCCUUUCCUUUCCCUUCUUUCCUCUCCUUUCCCCUUUCUUUUUAAGAAUAUUUAUGUAUUUGAAAGGCAGAGUUAGACAGAAAGGGAGGGAGAGAGAGAGAGAGAGAGAGUGAGAGAGAGAGAGAGAGAGACACUCAUCUUCCAUCUGCUGGUUCACUCCCCAAAUAGCUGCAAUGGCAGGUGUGGGUCAGACCGAAGCCAGGAGCCAGGAGCUUCUUCUGGGUCCCCCACAUGGGUGCAGGGGCCUAAGCACUUGGGCCAUCCUCUGCUGCUCUCCCAGGCAUAUUAGCAGGGAGUUGUUUCGGGAGUGGAGCAGCUGAGACUGGAACUGGUGCACAUAUAGGAUGACAGCAUCACAGGCAGCAGCUUUACCUGCUACACCACUCUGCCGGCCCCCUGCUCUGCCUUUCAAAUAAAUAAAUCUUAAAA